AUGGUCGUGAGCCAGAUGUGUGCGCCGUCAAACGUUUGUCCCUCAAGUGUCGCCGCCGCCUGGGGUAACCGCGGGGAACCCCGGUCCGCCAUCGCUGAUCGCCCGCGAGAUUAUGAUAAAGCGGUCUCUCGCUCCACGCCUCAGCAUCAUCGCUGCCCGCUCUUCUCUUGCUUUUCCCCAUCUCCCCCCACCCCACCCCCCCACAAGCGCAAAAUGUCUGGCCCCGAGAGCAAGUUCCCCAUCGACCUCAAGUCGUUGAAGAAGGUUACCCUUGACCCUUCAAACCCUAAGCUCACUCCGGAGCAGAAGGCAGCAUUGUCGUAUAACAUCCAGCUUAUGCGCGAUGCCAUCGUGCUCUUCACUGCUACCGGCGCCGCCAGGGGCGUCAGCGGACACACGGGUGGUGCUUACGACACCGUUCCUGAGGUUUGCUUGCUACUCUCCUUGUUUAACCACUCGGAUAAGUACGUUCCCAUUCUUUUCGACGAGGCUGGUGAGUAUUUCCGACUAUAUGCGCUCCGAUUCGCGUUUGAUCGUGAUCGCGAAGGUCACCGCGUCGCGACGCAAUAUUUGCUCUCUGCAAUUGACGGACACAUCCCGGCUGAGCACCUUCUGCACUACCGUGAGGCAAAUUCUAAGUUGCCUGGUCACCCCGAGCUCGGCCUGACACCCGGAGUUAAAUUCUCCUCUGGCCGUCUUGGUCACGUCUGGCCAUGGGUCAACGGUAUCGCUCUCGCCAACCGUGACAAGACCGUCUUCAUGUUGGGCUCUGAUGGCUCGCAGCAAGAGGGUAACGAUGCCGAAGCGGCGCGACUCGCUGUAGCACAGGGGCUGAACGUGAAGCUGCUCAUUGAUGACAACGACGUCACGAUCGCUGGUCACCCAUCCCAGUACUUGAAAGGCUAUGAUCUCGCCAAGACGCUUUCCGGCCACGGACUGAAAGUCUUUACUGUUCAGGGUGAGGAUUUAGAUGCUUUGUGGUCGGCGUUGUGCGAUAUCAUCGUAUAUGAUGGACCCGCCGCCGUUGUCUGCAAGCGUUUGAUGGCACCUGGCGUGGCCGAUAUUGAAGGCAGCACGCACGGGCACGAUGUCAUUCCGAUCAAGGCCGCGGUCAAUUACCUCAAGUCCCGUGGCCACCCCGAGACAAUGGCGACGGAUAUCUUAUACAAUAUCAAGCCUCACUCAAUCCCGUACCUCUAUAUUGGUUCCACAAAAGAAGUUGGCGCGAAUCGUGUUGUUUUUGGUCAAGCGGUCAACUUGGUACUUGACAAGCUUUCCAAGGAGGAAGCUGCGAAGAAAGUUAUGGUUAUUGACAGUGAUCUCGAGGGUUCAACCGGUUUGAAAGUUAUUCACGAGAAGCACCCGGAGGUCUUCGUUCCGUCCGGUAUCAUGGAGCGCGGCAACUUCAGCGCUGCGGCUGGAUUCGGAUUCGACGAGAACAAGUUCGGUGUCUUUUCCACGUUCUCUGCAUUUUUGGAAAUGGUUAUCUCCGAGAUUACUAUGGCGCGCCUUAAUAACUGCAACGUCCUUUGCCACUUCUCGCAUUCCGGAGUUGACGAGAUGGCGGAUAACACAUGUCACUUCGGUGUGAACUCGUUGUUUGCUGACAACGGUCUCGCGGAUACGCACUCGUGGCUGUACUUCCCUGCCGAUGCUGCCCAGAUGAUCGCUGUCAUCCAGCGGGUAUUUUUUGAGCGUGGUCUACGGUUCGUUUUCUCAACCCGUUCGAAAGUGCCAUAUAUGCUCCGUGAGGACGGCAAGACACGGGUCUUUGACGACGAAUACAAAUUCGUCCCAGGCAAGGAUGAGGUAAUCGCUGAGGGAACCGCUGGCUACGUUGUGUCAUAUGGUGAGAUGCUGUAUCGCGCUUGGGAUGCCGUCCUCCGGUGCAGACAGGAGGGCUUGAACGUUGGUCUGAUCAACAAGCCAACAUUGAACGUUGUGGACGAAGAAAUGAUCAAGAAGAUUGGUUCAAGUCCCUUUGUGCUCGUUGUGGAGUCCUUAAACCAGAAGACUGGGCUUGGCUCCAAAUUCGGUACUUGGCUGCUUGAGCGUCAGUUGACACCGCGGUAUGGUUACAUGGGAACAAAUAAAGAGGGCAAGUUGCGGCGGACUUACCGAGCAGAUCCCUCAUCAGGGUCUGGAUCCUCAGGCUAUCACAGUAGAUUCCUGCAAGCUAAGCUCGGUGCGAGGUGCGAGUCGUUGUAA